GCUCGGUCUUCGCGAGAAUGGAGAUCACCGACAGCUCGCUGUAUCGGAUUUUAAACUCGUAUUCGACAGAUUUCUCCACCAUGGAUUCUGCUACAUAUAAACAAUCGCCCUGCUGGUACCUGGGCCAUCCCAGAUGAAACCACACUCAAUCGAAAAAACCACAGCAAAACCAUUAUUCUCCAAAAAUAUCAACAAUGUUCUCAUCGUUACAAUCGCGAUCAGGGGGUCCGUAUGCCUCCACCACAGCCAGUCUUGGAGAGCUGCCCUCGAUCACCCCCGACAUUCCAGUCAGCGCGGUGUUCAUCGCCAUCUUCAUCGCAUUUGCUGCAACAAACAUGACGAUCUUGCAGGUAAACCUUCGCAGAAACCACAAGUUUGUGUUAUCGGGGGCAAUGUUCGGUUUCUCCAUGGCCCGGAUUACCACACUCGUUCUGCGCAUCGUGUGGGCGAGCCGACAGCACAAUGUCCGACUUGCAAUUGCGGCUGGAAUUUUCGUGAAUGCCGGCAUUCUGGUCAUCUAUAUCGUCAACUUCAUUCUUUCGCAAAGAAUCCUCCGAGCAAAGCAGCCGCACGUCGGGUGGAACCCAAUCUAUCGAGUCCUCUGCAAAGUCCUGUACUUUGGCAUCUUCGCAGCCCUUGUCAUGGUGAUCGCGGCUAUGGUGGUAUCAGUGUACACGCUGAACCCUCAUACCAAGACCAUCUGUCGCGACAUCCAACUCGCCGCCCUCACUUACUUCCUCGUCUUCUCCUGCCUCCCGUUCCUCCAUGUCGCCGUGACAUUCUGGCUACCAAGAUCCCAAGACGAAGAAACAUUCGGGGAGGGCAGCAUGGGCGCCAAAACAAUCAUCGUGCUUCUAUCGACAGGCCUGUGCGUUUUCAACGCCGGAUUCAAGGCCGGAGUCAACUGGAGUCCUCUGCGUCCUAUAACCAGUCCCGGUUGGUUCGACUCGAAGGCCAGCUUUUACGUCUUCAUCUUUGUAUUUGAGGUCCUUAUCCUCUGCCUUUUGACGUUCAGCCGCAUCGAUAAGCGAUUCUUCGUUCCGAACGGCUGCAAGGGCCCUGGCGAUUACACCCAACUCCGAGAAAAAAGCUCUAAGGCGGAUGGGGAUGACUCGGGGAGCCAAGAGGCUUAAAAGAUGCUUAUUGGCACACGGGAUUGUUUAUAGAUUAUGAUCAC